GCGGCCCCACGAGCUCAGUCGGUCCGCAGACGGCGCUCGGGGGAUGUGUUCGUGAGCGCGAGUGAUACACGGAGCGCGGUAUACGGAUAUAGUUACACAGUGAGACAGGAGAGGCCUACGACCGCUGGGACCGCGGGAGGUGAUGAGUGUGGUGUGAGAGAGCGGGCCGGGAGACGAGCAGACAUGAUGAUCAUGGACGUCGGCAUGUACAACAACCAACAGAACUACAGCGGAGAGUGCUACCAGCAGGGCGCCGGCUACCAGGCCGCGUACGACGGCUACCACGAUGGCUACUACGACCCCGCCGGCUACUACGAGCCGCUGAUACACGGACACGCGCACGACGCCGCGCCCGUCAUCAGCACCGACACCGGCCUCUGCUACACCAACCUGGACUAUGGAGACCAGCAGGCCUCCGCCUACAACCUGCCGCCGCCCGCGCCGCCUCACCACGACACCUUCAAGCACCGAGAAGAAGACCACCUUGACCACAAGCUGGACAAUCACUACGUCGACACCAAAUACAACAUGCACUUCGUGGACGAGGCGCAGUAUGGCCACGGCUCGCCUCUCGUCUGCGGGGACUUCGACUCCUACCCCAAGGACUUCGGGGAGCUGAGAGACGGCUUCCCCCGGGAGGAGGUGCAGGCGCAGCACGUCCAGGCACACGCGACGCACGCCGCCGUACCCACGUACAAGUGGAUGCAGGUCAAGAGGAACAUCCCGAAGCCGGCCGCCCCGAAGCUGAUGAUUCCACCAGCGGACUUCGUGAACCAGGGCGUGCUUGGGAGCCCUCAGGACCAGCGCACUCCCAAUGGCGGCCAGAUGCUGAACAACCCGCUCCUCAACCUCAACAACACAGGUCGAACUAACUUUACAAACAAACAGCUCACGGAACUGGAGAAAGAGUUCCACUUCAACAAAUACCUCACGAGGGCGAGGAGAAUAGAAAUCGCCUCCGCCCUACAGCUGAACGAGACGCAGGUCAAGAUAUGGUUCCAGAAUAGGCGGAUGAAACAGAAGAAGAGGAUCAAAGAAGGGCUGAUCGUUGCUCCGGAAGUGAGCGCCUCCACCUCCCACACCUCCCACUCCAUCGGCUCCAACGAAAACAGUCGGGAAUCCAGCUAAUUUAGACUCGAUGCUCUAUACUGUGGCAUUGUAAAAUAAUUAACCUAAUACAUUUUCUCAGAUAGCUUCAAUUUUAACUUAAAUUUAAAACACUAUUGAGUCAAUGGUCAAUUUACCUAAAUACAUAAUAUAAUCCUUAAAGUUUCAAAUUUGAAUGUACACAAGAGAUGUUCCGUCACAGUUCUUAAGUAACUCUUUGAGAUUAAACCUAGUAAUAGAAAUUAUUAUCUAAGAACGAGACUUAACUGUAAGUUAGCGUAACUGUCGGCGAGUCCUCGACUCGUCUCUUAAAUUAUUGGUGUUAUUUUUUUUACAGUUGUAUAAAUUUUUCAUUGUUUGAAUGGAAUGCUUCGUCUAUUUUUUUAAAUACUUUUUACAUGUUUUAAACCAAAGCUAAUUUUCUUAUUUAUUUUCGUAAAGAUGGCAGCAACCAUGGAAAGUACAUCAUAUAGAAUUCAUCUUAAAUAAUAUAAACGUAGUUGUUAUAUUUGAUGUGGUAACGUACCCUCGUACCCUCGUACCCUCGUAUCAGACAUCCUCACCUUGCUGUUGUCUCUACAUUUUUAGAAUAAGCUUGUUUUAGGAACACGACUCUAUGGAGGAUUCUUCACUGUGAAUCGUUUAUAAAUUUCAUUUACUUUAUGAUGUUAAAGAAAUAAAAAUUUAUUUGAUUAAAACAAAUAGUUGGAGCGACUUGUACAGAAUGACGUGUUAAAAUAUUUAAAUUGUAUAUAUAAGUGGUAGGUGUAACCGUGUGUACAUUUUAUAUCAUUAGAUUCGUCUUUGAAAUUAUCAAUAAAUUAAUUGUAAUUAUUUUCAA